GCCGGGCCUCGGGUUCCGGAGGAGGGCCGGUUGGCCGGGCGGGCUGGGUGGGUGGAGUGUGGGACAGUAUCCUGGCAGCCGCGGAGAGAGGGAAGAUUAUGAAUGUCAGAGGUGUUUAGCUUACAGCUGGCUGAUGAGUUCUGCUGACCCUUAAAUACCUUCUCGCACCAAGGUCUUCAUUGAGAAGCAUUCAGAAAAAGCAGAUAGGCGAGGCAGCAUUCACGUUUGCUAUGGCCAUCCCCAUAACAGUGCUUGACUGUGAUCUCUUGCUGUACGGCCGGGGUCACCGGACCUUAGACCGUUUUAAGUUGGACGAUGUGACUGAUGAAGAUUUGAUGUCCAUGUAUGGCUUUCCUCGGCAGUUCAUUUAUUAUCUGGUGGAACUCUUGGGGCCAAGUCUUUCUCGACCUACUCAGCGAUCUAGGGCCAUCAGCCCAGAGACACAGAUCCUUGCAGCCCUGGGCUUUUAUACCUCAGGCUCCUUCCAGACCCGAAUGGGAGAUGCUAUUGGAAUCAGCCAGGCCUCUAUGAGUCGGUGUGUUGCUAAUGUUACUGAAGUGCUUAUGGAAAGAGCCUCCCAGUUCAUUCACUUUCCAGCUGAUGAAGCCUCUAUGCAGGCUCUGAAGGAUGAAUUCUAUGGGCUGGCGGGGAUGCCGGGGGUGAUAGGGGUGGUUGACUGUAUCCACGUGGCAAUCAAGGCGCCAAAUGCUGAAGACCUCUCCUAUGUGAACCGCAAAGGUCUGCAUUCUCUCAACUGCCUGAUGGUGUGUGACAUCAGAGGGGCAUUUAUGACCGUGGAGACAAACUGGCCUGGCAGCCUGCAGGACUGUGCUGUGCUCCAGCAGUCCUCUUUAAGUAGUCAGUUUGAAGCUGGGAUGCACAAGGAUAGCUGGCUUCUUGGUGACAGUGCCUUUUUUCUCCGCACCUGGCUCAUGACCCCACUCCCUGACCCCAAAACCCCUGCAGAAGAUCGCUAUAACCUGGCCCACUCUGCGACCCACAGCGUGAUGGAGAAGACUCUGCGGACCCUGUGCUCCCGCUUCCGCUGCCUGGAUGGGUCCAAGGGAGCUCUGCAGUACUCGCCAGAGAAGUCUAGCAACAUCAUUGUGGCCUGCUGUGUCCUGCACAACAUCUCCCUGGAGCACGGCAUGGACAUCUGGUCCUUGCCGAUGGCAGGGCCUGUGCAGCAGCCCCUGGAGGAGGAGUACGAACCUAUGGAGUCUCUGGACCUAGAAGCUGACCGCAGCCGCCAGGAGCUGUUGCUGUCUCAUUUCAGCUGAAGGGGAAACUUUCCAGAAGGGUCUGCCACAUACUUUUCUGCACACUCCCGCCUUCAUGGCUGUCACCCACAUGACCAAGUAUGAAAAGCUUGUCACGAAUCAAAAUUUCAGCUUGCAUCUUACAGGGUUGGGCCUGUGCAAGAACCAGGUGGUGGGUUAGGCCUGUAACCUCAGCAUUUAGGAGGCUGAGGCAGGAGGAUCACUGUAUUUGAGACCAGCCUGGGCUACAUUGUGA